GAGGUAGUCAAGGGAGGGAUGAGCGGAGAUGCUGCCUGUGUUCUGCACAUCAGCAGCCAGGCUCCUCUCUCUCAGUCAGACAGACAGCGGCAGAGGCAGCACGUCCUCCCGGAGAGACAGUUCGCACCGCAUAACGUUACUACCGAUUGAAUCGACAGUCACAUCUGCGGUCUUGUUAUAUGGAUAUAUCCUCUUGUUGCGCUUCCUGACCCUGAACUGUGCUCUUGUGGCUGUAUUUCACGUAAGAAUCACCCCGGCUUGUGUUUUUUUGGUUAACUGGUUUAUUUCGACGGCACAGAGGGAGCCACUCUCCCCCCUCGUUAGCUCUCUAAGCUAGCUAGCCCGCUAACUUAGCUGUGUUACUUUGUACCGUAUCAGCGUCAAUUCUCUGUUUCGUAGCUAGCCUGCGGUCUUCUGCGCCACAGUGGCACUUUGAGGUGACCCUUCAGUUCAGGAGCAUGUUUGAGUGACAAGCAAAGGAGGAAGUGGGAUCCCUGAGGCUCCGCCCUCUCUGCUGGUGGAGCACUCUGCACUUCUGACCAGAGCCCCCCUGAACCACUUAGAAAGGAUGCGGAGGUUCGCCUACUGUAAGGUGGUUUUAGCCACUUCUCUGGUCUGGGUGAUGUUGGACAUGUUCAUUCUGCUCUACUUCAGCGAGUGCAACAAGUGUGAUGACAAGAAGGAACGAGGACUGCCUGGGAAAUAUGACGCCCUGUCCAGACCGCGGGAUGGGCCUGGUGAAGCUGGGAAGCCAGUGGUGAUCCCUAAAGAGAACCAGGAGAAGAUGAAGGAGAUGUUUAAGAUCAACCAGUUCAACCUCAUGGCUUCAGAUAUGAUUGCUCUCAAUCGCUCACUCCCUGAUGUCCGUCUGGAAGGAUGCAAAAACAAGUUAUACCCUGAUAAUCUUCCUCGCACCAGCGUGGUGAUUGUAUUUCACAAUGAAGCUUGGAGCACACUGCUGCGAACCGUCCACACUGUUAUUGACCGCUCUCCACACACACUGCUGGAGGAGAUUGUCCUGGUGGAUGAUGCCAGUGAGAGAGAUUUUCUUAAAUGGCCAUUGGAGCAGUAUGUCAGAAGGUUAGAAGUGCCUGUCAGGGUGGUGAGAAUGGAGCAGCGAUCUGGACUCAUUCGCGCUCGCCUGAAGGGAGCAUCCAUCUCCACUGGCCAGGUUAUAACCUUUCUGGAUGCUCAUUGUGAAUGCACCACAGGGUGGCUAGAGCCUCUGCUUGCCCGCAUCAAACAAGACAAGAAAACAGUAGUGUGCCCCAUUAUUGAUGUCAUCAGCGAUGAUACAUUUGAGUACAUGGCAGGAUCUGACAUGACAUAUGGAGGCUUCAACUGGAAGCUCAACUUCCGCUGGUAUCCUGUACCACAGAGAGAGAUGGACCGUCGCAAAGGAGACCGCACUCUGCCUGUCAGGACUCCCACCAUGGCGGGAGGCUUGUUUUCCAUAGACAGAGAUUAUUUUCAAAAGAUCGGCACUUAUGACGCAGGCAUGGACAUCUGGGGUGGAGAGAACCUGGAAAUCUCUUUCAGAAUCUGGCAGUGUGGAGGGACUCUAGAAAUCGUGACAUGUUCGCAUGUGGGUCACGUGUUCAGAAAAGCCACGCCAUACACCUUUCCCGGAGGAACGGGGCAGAUCAUCAACAAAAACAACCGACGCCUGGCAGAAGUCUGGAUGGAUGAAUUUAAAAACUUUUUCUAUAUCAUCUCUCCUGGUGUGACCAAAGUGGACUAUGGUGACAUCACGUCUCGCAGUGCUCUAAGACAAAAGCUGCAAUGUAAACCCUUCAGCUGGUAUUUGGAGAACGUCUACCCUGACUCCCAGAUCCCGAGGCACUAUUACUCCCUGGGAGAGAUUCGAAACGUGGAGACUAACCAGUGCCUGGACAACAUGGCCCGAAAAGAAAAUGAGAAAGUUGGAAUUUUCAACUGCCACGGCAUGGGAGGCAACCAGGUUUUCUCCUACACAGCCAACAAGGAGAUCCGGACAGAUGACUUGUGUCUAGACGUGUCCAAACUAAACGGGCCCGUCAUGAUGCUCAAGUGCCAUCACCUUAAAGGCAACCAGCUCUGGGAGUACGAUCCGGUGAAGCUGACUCUGGUCCACGUCAACAGUAACCAGUGCCUGGACAAGGCCAGCGAGGAGGACAGCCAGGUGCCCAGCGUCAGAGACUGCACACACACACGCUCACAACAGUGGCUGCUCCGCAAUGUCACACUACCAGAGGUCUUCUGACCACACUCUACACACUCACAAGCGCACACACUCACACACGCAGCGGCCCAUCGUGAACAAUCAGAGAACCGGACAUGUUCAUUUAACUUGGGCGCCAAGAAAAAAGUGACUUCCCGUGUGGGGAUUCGGGAGGAGAGGAGGAUGGAUGAGACGGUACUACCUCUGCCCGAGAUCAGAGGGAGGAGUUUGUUUGAGCCUCCUCAGAGCAAACAGAGAGGAAAGACUCCUUCUGAGAGACGGUGGCUGUUGUUUCACAUUUGUUUUGUUUUGUUUUUUUUAAAAGAGAUAUUAACCACAGAGAGUGACUGACUCCUGUGCGUGAAUACAAGACUGGUCGGUGGAGUCGAGGUUCUGCACUCACAGCUUCCCUGGACAAAGCAGUCCACCCCUCAGCUCAUCACUUAACGUUUACUGACUGCCUCUGAUCAGAGUGUGUGUGCACUUAAUUGGGUGAGUGGGUGUGUGCUUACUCUUGAGAUGAAUGUACGCUUUAAGAAGGGGGCUGAAUUCCAUGUUUAGUUCUUUUUUAUUUAAUUUUUUUUUUUUUUUUUUGUAAAGAUUUUAAAAAUGAACUAUGAAGAAGGAUGCAUGUUUAAGUGAGCGCAUGUGUGAAUGUGUGUGUGUGUCAGUCAGAGCCCCUCCUACAUUUUUGGAACAGUGUAUGUCUCCCUCUGGUGUUGCCCCUCGGCAUCUCAUCUUACAGACUGAAGCCUCUCAGCUGAGGAAUCUCCAAGAGACGCCACAUAAAAAAACAACCAAGAAGACUAAACAGUCCUGAUGCUGCCGUCAGCAGAGACCUAGAGAUAGAGAAAUAUGAUGUUUGUGAUAUCUUGAAAUUUCUAUGUCCAGUUUUUACAUGGCUCGUCUGUUACUACUGUUUGAGUAACCUUAGUUUGUUUGUCUCUGUUGUCCUUAGAAAUGUUUAACAUAGAGCCAACACACACACAUGCACACACAGACGCUACAUGCAUAUGUAACUGAUGUUCACUGCCUACUGUAGUGUUCAACUCUGAUGAGCACUACAUAGUCACACACAUGCUGAAUACAUGUAGGAUAAAAGAUAAGGUCAUUCAUUUUCUCAUAUCGUCUUCUCAAUUACCUCUAAAAAAAAUACAAAAGAACACUCCAAGGGCUUUUUUACUCCAGUGGAGUGUGUGGAUGUUUUCAUCUAUGAGUAUGUGUAUCCUCACUCCUGAUCCCAGAUCAGCAGCUGUUUACUAAAGCAAACAGUGCACGGAUUCUUUGCUUAUAAACAAUAAAGAGCUAGUAGGUGGAGGAUGAGCUUAUCCCUGCUUCCUCCUCUGAACAAGGAAGAAAACGCUGUUAUUUUCCAAAUAAGUCUGCACUCUCCUGUUGACAUAUCAGCUGCAGGAAAGCGGUUGUUAGGAUAUCAAAGCGACAUUGCUGAGGUGUUUCAGGAGAAUUGAUUCUAAUCAGAAUAACCGUAGCGAUACAGGGGGACUCAGAGGGUCGAACUGUGGAUUACAGAGCACAGAAGCAGCAGAUGGCAUAUCUCAACUCAUAUCUACAUAUCUCACUUUUGCAAGCUCACUUUCAGUAUUUCUACAUUCAUAUCCCACAGAGAGAGACAGUGUCAUUCUCAUUUCAAUCAUCAUGCUUCCUUUACUCUGUUGUGUUUUGCGUCACUCCUGCCGCUGCCACACGGGGCACAAAAGGUGGUUUCAUUAAGGUUUGAAACAUUUUGGCUUCCUUCAGUUGGGGAAGCGUUUACACAUAUGGGCCACGAAGAGGGCUCAUCUUUGUUGUGGACAAGGCAGCGAGAGGAGGCCGCCAAGUGGCUUUUCAUGUCUGACUGAGUUGACUGGUGAAGAUGUUUUUGAUUGCGAGACAGGGGGAGUGUGUCGACUGUUCUGAUGUUGGAGGCCGAGGGUUUGAAAGUAACUUACAUGUCCAGGCUUCCACACUGAGCUGAUCCAAAUGUAGGAAAAUAAAGUGAAAAGGUUUACAGAA